CACUGAACGCAUUUCCAAUACCAAAAAGCUAACACCAUUUUUGAGAACCCCAACGUUUUUAAUACGGAAAAGCAAAAUUAAAACCCCAGGGCUUGUGGUCUCCGAUUUCUGGUAAAACUACCCUUGUUUUUGGUGGCAAUAUGAAGAAUUUUGUUGAUUACUGUAAAAGCAUAGCUGAAUUAGCCUGCAGUGGACCUCCAUGCCUUACCAGCUUGUUAGCGAGUGAAAAAACCAGGACAGCAGAUUGUGAAGAUUCGUAGGAGCACGUGAAAAUGGCGAUGGCUUCUCUGAAAAUGGGUAACCCCAUUCAUUCUGAUAAAGUACAAGCUGAAUCCUUGAAGGUGAGAUGUCAAAGAUCGGGGCAUGAAAGCCUGAGUUUUCGAAGAGAUAUAAUGGUGGGUACGACUGCUUCUCUCUCCUCUUUCGUCAUUUUUCUUCAUCCAGCUGAAGCUCGGGUCUCCAAAGGCGAGAUGAGGAGAAAGAUUAUGGAGAAGCUUCAAAAGCUCAGGGAGAAAGCUGGGUUAGUGAAACCAGAAAUUGAAGAUGACUCCAUGAAAACUAAUGAGAAGGAAUCCGUAGGGGGAAGAGCCCAGAAGAAAGAGCUCUCAAUCACUCCCGCUGAGCCCCUUGUUGAGAUAACAAAUGCACUCUAAAGAAUAUCUUGAUUUUUCAUCUUUUUGUUUCUUUUUGAGAGUCAGACAUAAAUUCUGAAGUUGAAUUCUGAACGAAAUCGUUUCCUUGUCAAAUUCAUUGGUUUUCAGUAGAGUGGAAGAUUAUUGGAUGAAUAAAAAAAUUUCAGCCA